AUGACAGCGAACCCGUCGCGAAAUGACAGCGAACUCGUCGCUAAAGAUGGCAGCGAACUUGUCGCUAAAAUAGUAUCGAUCACGGUCUGCUCGCAUGGAGCGUGCGGCAAAGACGCACGACAGGUCUGCACGCAACGAGCACACGGCAAAGACGGCUUUUUGUCGCCGGCGGCGAUUUGGCUGAAGCCCGGCGUCCGCGGGCCGCGCGGUGCGCUGUCUCGCGGACCGGUUGCCAAAUGUUGCACCGAAAGCGGCGGGAAGUUCAAACAAUGGGAUUCCAAAGCAACUCGUGGCAGAUAA